AUGAAUGACAAGUCAACCUCAAUAGUCAAAAAUCCUGCUUUACUUAAAGUGAUCGCACAAUUGAUAUCACAGUCAGAACAAUCAAAUGAAAUUCUAUGCAUUAAAGAUACAUUCAUUCAACAUUUAUUUGCAUUUUGUGCGCAAAAUUCAUCCAAUAAGAAAACAAUAUUACAGUUAUCUAUCUGGCAAGAUUGGUUACUUCGUUUAGUUCCCUUGUAUCCGAAUAAUAAAGUGAAUGCUAAAUUUCUAGUGAAAAUUCUACGCUUAAUACGUAUUCUCUUGGUAUAUGGAAUAUGCUACGAAUAUGGUAGUUGGCAGGUGUUUAUCGAUACUUUAGCGUUAAUCCAUUUGCAUAUUUGUGAAGAAAGAUUUACUUAUCUUAAAGAUAAGCAGCAGCAGUCUAUCAAGUCUAAAGAUUCAUUGGUUGAAAAGAAAUCCAAUUUAAUGCAUUCAAAUACAUCUGCACUGUUUUCAAGUAGAAAUUCUGUUACAACCGACAAUUCUCUAGGUGUUGAUCUCACUGAAUAUGCAUCAUGUCAAAUCAAAACAGGUGAUCAUAUGCAGUCUAGUGAUUCCACAGUUGGAACUUAUUCCUCUAAUAGUAAUAACAAUAGCAACAACAGCAACGAUAACAGUUGUUCACCGUCGAUAAGUAAUUCAGAUUCUAAACUGAAUCGUACUCAGUCUGAAUCAACUUUAUCCUAUGAGAAUAUUGAGUUGUCUUCAUUACCGCCAUCAAAACUGUCAGCUGAUCAGCAUCUACCUUCUCCAUCGCCACCAAUUCAACGUCAUCAUGAUGAAAAUAAUGACGAGAAUAAGACAACACUGCUAUUACUAUUGGAUGAUUUAUUGUGUUCCCUAGAAAAUAUUGUUAUUCAACAAGAUGUCCAUAAAAAGCGUCAACGCCUUCACCUUCUGAAUCACAAAGAAUCAAUUCAUUCACAGUUAUCUUCACAAUCGAAAUCGCCAACAACAUCAUCAACAUCAUUGUCUUUGAAUCAAUCGUCAUAUAUUUCACAUCCAACUGAUAAAUCCUCAUUAACAGAUAUCAACGUGAUUCAAUCCAAUGAAGAUAACCAAUUGAAUACAAGUAUUAUUGAAAUCAGAAAUGAAUCCCCUUUUAUAGCAAAUCUUCUACAUAUUAUCUCAUAUUUAUCUGAUAUGAUUAUUGGAGCGUGUGGAGGCCUAUUACCUUUACUUGCCGCUGCGUCAAGUUCUACUGGUGAAAUUGGCAGUUUAGAAUCCGUACCCGGAAUGGAGUUGAGUGAUGCGAUUUCCUACCUAUUGCGCCUAACUUAUUUGGCUGACUUUUGUGUUUUGGAUAGAAAUUACAAUUUAAAGUUAUUAGAAUCUGAACGGAACUUAGCCCCAGGAUCUGUCGCACGUCAACUAUUAAGAUUAUAUUUAACUGUUGCUGUCCGCAACUGUUUAGAAUCACGUCUAGAUAUACUACUGCCUCCACCGUACAUUGUAAAAACAAUGAAACAGUUAGCAUCAGGAAAUGAUAUUAUCAAUCCAACUAACUAUAAUGAUACCGAUGACGGCACUAAGAUCAACGAAGUAUUAUUUAUGCAGUCGGAUGAUACUAGUCAUACUAUUCAAUCGAUACAAAUUAUCACUGGGUCUACACAUACAACAAAUAAUAUACGUGUAGAUAAAGUUAAUCAUUAUAAUAAUUCAAAUGGUAUAGAUAUUACUUUGAAAGAAUUUUUACCAAAAUAUCAGUUGGAUGAUUUGAUAAAUAAUCAACAAAAUAAUAUACUAGAAGAUUCAUUGGAGAAUUCAACUAGAAAAGUGUUAAAUCUAUCCCGAUUUCAUCUUGUCAUUGAUUUGGAAUAUUAUACAAUUCAUCGUUUAGGUUGUAUUGUCCAACCAUGGACAUUUCCUGAUUAUUUUAUAUCCUCUAACGAUCUAUUUCGUAUUAGUGAUAUGAAAGAAGAGUAUGAUAAGAGAAUUGAACAUUUGAGUGGAACAUUUCAACAAUUAUUGUAUAGUAUAAAACCAUAUUUUAAUUAUCCAAAGAAAUAUGGAGAUGAUCUUUUUCAGAGCACAGUUAUCUGCCCAAUUGAAUAUCCUUUAAUCCUUUUGCAAAAUUCUGAUCUGAAACGAUUACACUUGAUCGUUACCAGAUAUGCAGAAACAGCUAAAUCUCCUGAAUUUCUAGCUCUAGCAACAGUUUACUUCCUCUCUGUAAUGAUGGUCUCUAAAUAUCGUGAUUUUCUUGAUCCAAAUCCAAUAUGGUUACCUUAUGGUGGUAUUAAAGUGGACAAUGCACAAUCAAAGACGGAUUUAAAUCGUUCUAGUGAAGUACAACAAAACUAUUGUAUUAAAGCAGCUACAAAGGCUAGUGACAAUACCAUUUCUGUAGAAGCUAUUCAUGAGGGGAAUGUAACAGAUUGUAAUUCAACUGUUAGUGAAGAAUAUGAACUAGUGGAUAUACCACUUGAUGAUAAUACAAAUCAGAAUAAAAAGUUAACUUCAUUAACUGAUUCACUUGACAUUAGUCUUGGAUCAAUUGGAUCAUUUUUAAAAGAUCUAUUCAUUGAAUUUAUGGAUUAUUUCACCCGAACAUUAGUUGGUACACAUGGACAAGAAUUGAUUCCAAAUGCUUUACCAUUCUUUCAGCAAAGUUCAUCUGUUAUUGAAUUAGUGAUGUUGUUGUGUUCCCAAGAAUGGCAAACCUCGUUACAAAAAUAUGCAGGAUGGGCUUUUAUUGAAUUAGUUAACGAAGGACGCCUUUUAUCACAUUCCGUACGUGAUCAUUUGUAUCGUGUAGCGUUGAAGGUGAUUUGCUAUUAA